UGUCCCUAUAUAAACACCUUGUUAUCAACUUUCUUCAAGUCUUCAAAGAUAAAAUCCAAAACCCACUUCUUAAAAUUCCAAAAAAACCUCAAAAAUGAUGCAAACAGAAGCUUUUCCAGCGACUGUUCCCGGCGAACUUCCGGUGUUUUGCCGGAGCACAAGCUUUAGCAGUCUCAUGCCAUGCUUAUUUGAAAACUGGGGUGACUUGCCAUUAAAAGUUGAUGACUCAGAAGAUAUGGUAAUUUAUGGCAUUUUACGUGACGCUGUUAGUGCUGGCUGGACGCCAUUUAAUUUCCCGGCCAAAAAUAAUUUAGCCGAGAAAAUAGCAAAAAUGGAGCCAGCUCCACAAGUCGUGGAGCCGCAUAAAACCACUACAAAAAAUGUAGCGGUUUUGUCCCUAGUAAGGGGGAAGCAUUACCGAGGGGUAAGGCAAAGGCCUUGGGGUAAGUUUGCAGCCGAGAUAAGGGACCCAGCUAAAAAUGGAGCCAGAGUAUGGCUUGGGACUUAUGAGACGGCUGAGGAAGCCGCUAUUGCCUAUGACAUAGCCGCGUUCAGAAUGCGCGGCUCUAAGGCUUUAUUAAAUUUCCCACAAAGGAUUGGGUUGAAUGAGCCAGAGCCGAUUAGGGUGACCUCAAAAAAGAGGUCACCGGAGAGUUCCGCUUCUGAUAGUGGCUCGGGAAAGAGGAGAAAUACGAAAGUAUCGACAGCUGAGCCAGUGGAGCCGGAAGUACAAAGCCGAUCACCAAAUGAGCUAGACUAAAUACAUAAAUGCCAAGUGGGUUGCAAGUGUGGUUUGUUAGAUGCCAGUUUGGACCACAUUUGGGGGGGGGGGGUUUCCAUAAGAGGGUCCGACCCGAACUUACAAGAUACCCGGCCCUGAAUUUGCUUUUGCGAAAAUGGUGCAUAAGCCUUGCCAAUGGAAUAUGACAUCAUUCAUCUCAAUGGUUGUGUACAAGGGGUGAUGUCAUAAAUGGAAUUCGAAGGCAUUUUGGAGAUUGGUAUAAGUCUACAACCAGAAACGGCUCUAUCAAGCAAUUGAUUUUGAUCAUAUGUUAAAACAUAAAACGACGUCAUAAAUGUCAAAAGUACAUAAUAUUGUAACUUUGGAUAUAUUUUAAUCUUAUUUUGGUGUGUGUAAAUAAUAGAAGCAACGUGUGCAAUUUUUUCA